AUGCUCCAAGUGCGCGUAGUCUCGUCAUCCGCCUCACGGAUCCCCUGCGGUCCAUGCUACCUCGCCGACAUCAUCCAGGAAGCCGGACAGGGCGAGCACUUCAUCAUCGAAGCCGCGUCUGGCUCCUACCUCUUAGUCCUCACCAGAACGGAUGCCGCGGGGCACUCGCCUUGGUCGACCGACGACGCACUCCAGUUCUGCACUGAUGCCAUCCAGCAAUCUUUGUCCUCAGCCGUCUGCCAGUUUGAAGACGACAGCAGCGCGCUAAAGUCCUCCUCCUCCUCCUCAUCCUUCAUUUCCUUGCUCAGCAUCUCCGACCGAGCAGCCACAUCCGUGGGUAGCUGGCCGGCGGGCCUUUCGACCAAGAAGCAGCAAACCUGGACUAGCAAGCUACAGCAGUACCGCAAAAAGCUGUUCUGGCUCGUCCUGGCGCUGCUUCUCAUCGUAGCCGUAGCCACGAUAGCAGCGUUGCACCGGUCCUCGCCGGCAUACUGGCAGCGCUACGACACGCACGGCAGCGUCGGGCCCCGGUACCAGCUCCAGUUCGACCACCACAACGUGUCGGCGUGGGCAGAGCGCUACCCUUCACCCAACGACGCGUGGUUUCUGCGCAUCGACGACCAGGCCAUGGUGCCGCCCGAGCUGGUCGACGCCGACGAGCUGCGCUACCAGCGCUGGUUCCGCGCCCGCUACCCGGAGGCCGACGCGGUGCGCCUCCGCGGCGACUACCUCCAGGAGGGCUUCCUCAGCGACCCGAGCGCCAUCCAGGUGCCCGCCGACCGCGCCUUCCACAUGGCUCACUGCGUGCUGGCAGUCAGGAGGUACUGGCUGGCGAGAGAGAGCGGCCGCCAUGUUUGCCCCCGCGAUAUCGACUACAAGCAUAUGAAGCACUGCAUCGAUGCCUUGGACAUGUGGGCCUUUCCCGAGGGGCCGCGACGGUCUUUGCCUCCGACCAUGGGCGGUGGCGCUCACGGUGCUACUGCUGAGGAAUCUGGUGUGACUGUCGACGAGUCGGAUGAUACGAGGCUGGUUUGGCGCACCAAGGUCUGCUUUGACUGA